AUGAUCGCCUCCACUUUGACUCCGUACAACUGGACUCUUCCCUCGAGUAGCUCUGGGAGCUCCGUGAAAAGACCUAUCAAAUCAGUCUCCAAGCCGUGCUUUGGAUGCGACUGUGGCGAUGAGGAGCGCAAGAUUAAAUGUGACGCUACACUGCCGCAAUGUAAUUGGUGCAGCCACCACAACCUCCCCUGCACCUUUGAUCGGGUGGUGCAGCGUAAACGAAAACCGGAAGAUCAUGAUAGCAAUCACCCCAAGAGUUCCCGGCUUUCCGAGAGGAUUAGUCGCAUCGAGCAGCUUUUGGCAGAAAAUCUGAUGCGAAAAUCUAAUUCUGAACCGAUGGAUUAUACACAUACUCUCGAUGACAAUCCUAUCAACAUCAACGCUACCAACACUACUGCAAGCAACUCUCCAGGCAGCACCAGCUCUAGUAGUAUUAGCAACCAGCCCAUCCUUUCAUCUUCAGUGGGUGUUCACUUCGCCGGUCGGGAGCUGGGUUGCAUCAGUCUCCUCACCGGUAUCCCAUUCCUCCUUCCGGAGGGCCAAGAAUGGAUCCAGUCCCGCACAGGACAGACCGUGUCAAGCGAAAAAUUCAGUCCAGCACGAGUACCGUGGGAGAAAGAGCGAGGUCAAAGCUCUAAUAGAAUUCUGAUGGACUUACGAACUGAUGACUUAUUUGAACUGCCGGACCGGCGAAGUGUGCAGCUGUACUUUGAUGCUUAUAAGCGAUCAUCGGUGAUGCGCCGCCUUUUCCCCGUCGUUGAUGUUGAAUUAUUCGCGGAAACCAUUGAUGAAGCUUAUCGGCAGCCUAAGGCGAGCUUUCAGUUUGGGCAAGCGAGUAUCCGAGCAUGCAUUGUCGCUUUUGCUGCCUUUGUUGCUCGUCUUCCGCCCGUUGUCGAACUUAUCAGGAACUCCGCCAGCGUUGUACUUCAACUCGAUCAUGAGGUUUUAGCUUCUAAGGCCCAGUUUCUACUUUCGCAGAUUGCCCAAGAACCUGCGAGUCUAGAGGGUGCGCAGGCUGUGUGCAUGCUGACCUUGUAUGAGGUAUCAUCAGGGAACAUGCGGGCCACCAACUACUUUGCCGCAGUGGCCGGACGUCUUAUAUUCAUGUUAGGCGGUAAUCUGAACAGCAGUAGAUCAUAUUCGAAUAGCAAACGAGACCAACGAAGGAAACAGCAGGUGCGCAACCUCUUUUGGAUUUGCUACACAAUGGACAAAGAUGUUGCUCUUCGCACAGGGCAACCACCUACCAUUGCCGAUGAGAACUGCGAUCUCACUCUCCCACCGGGCUAUGAAGAACAUGCAUUUCUGGACCCCGAAGAUGUGAAAAUGACCUACUCGCAGCCGAGUUUUCCAUUCGACUUGCGUCUGAGCAUUAUCAAAUCUCGCACACAUACCGCUCUCUAUUCUGUGAGCGCGAUGAAUAAGUCCGACGCCGAUCUUCUAAAAUCCAUUCGGGAAUUGGAUGAUGAACUAGAGGAAUGGCGAUUGUCCAUCCCACCUCAUUGGCGACCUACGAUGUCCUUCUCGGCCGAGGCUUCGGAUCCGAAUGUCAGUAUGCACUCGAUCAUGCUGCGUCUCAACUACUACCUCUGUAUGUCUAUCAUUCAUUCGGCGAGUAGUCGAUGUAAAGCAUGGAGACAAGGAAAUGGGAUGCUGGAUGGAGUCAACUCGAGUCUUGCUCUCUCGGUCGAGGCCAGCCGCUCCACUCUCUGUUACUUGGAGGCAGGAGAGCAUGUAUUGGUUGAGGGAAUUUUCUGGAUUUUGGUUUUCUAUCCUAUGUCGGCGUUUCUCAGUAUUUUCUGCAGCAUUCUUUCGAAUCCGCUAGACCCUCGCUCGCGUGAUGACCUGGAACGUCUCAACAUGGCAACGGUCAUGAUGGAGCGAAUGUUUCAUCGAAAGCUUCCUGGGAGUGAAAUCGGUCACUUCAAGCUCGUGGCUGACUUUGUGGUGGAGAUGAAACGUCUUGCGGAGUGUGCUAUUGACAAGGCUUGGCGUGAGCAGAGUACAGGCUCGCUUUUGCCUGCAUAA